CGCGGCCCUCCGGCCCUCCGCUCCGGUUCCUCGCCCGCCCGGCGCCCGGCAGUUCGGCUGCCAGUGGAUGAGUCCACGUACCCUGGAAAAGGUCCCCGGGACUGUUCUCUCCCCUCCAUCUCCAGAGCGACCUGCAGCAGAGAGCUGGAGAAGGUUCAAGAGGAAAGAGACCCUGGCAUGACCACGAUGGAGAAGAGAUACAGUCUUCUGUCUCCUCGUUCUCCUUCACAAGUGCACAGAGAGCGGGGAGGUAUGACUUACCAUAUGCACCUGUAAGCGGGGACCAGAAGAGCAGGAGUUGGAACCCAGAGUGCCCAAUGUGGCCAGGUGAUUUUCUGGAAUCUAAGGGAUGCUUUGCUGGCACAACAUCCUCUGGAAGAAAGGUCAGCCCCUCAUCUUCUGCUGCAACAUGUCCUAGUGUGAGUGAGCCUGCAGUCCCCGGCAAAGUGUCCGUUCACCUAGACUCUGCUACAGAUUUGGAUCUGAAAUCCUCCUCCGCACAUUCUGAUCAGUCCUCUGAAACCUCAUUCCCUGAAGUCCCCAAGGAUAAAUAUCCCAAGGAGUUCAGCCUGCUUAAGUUGCAGACAAAGGAUGGGCACCGUCCUGAAUGGACAUUUUACCCGAGGUUUAGCAGCAAUAUCCACACCUACCACGUUGGAAAGCAGUGCUUCUUUAACGGGGUCUUCCUCGGCAACAGGAGGUCUCUAUCAGAGAGAAUGGUGGACAAGUGCUUUGGGAGGAAGAAGUAUGAUAUUGAUCCUAGGAAUGGAAUACCAAAGUUAACUCCAGGAGAUAACCCAUAUAUGUACCCAGAACAGAGUAAAGGCUUCCACAAAGCAGGCUCAACUCUCCCACCAGUGAAUUUCUCAAUAGUGCCGUAUGAAAAGAAAUUUGAUACAUUUAUUCCACUUGAGCCUCUUCCACAAAUUCCUAUCUUGCCUUUCUGGGUGAAGGAGAAGGCCAACAGGCUGAAGACCGAGAUAAGAGAGGUGGAGGAGCUUGACAAUUGGCACCCAGCGGUCCCCUUGGUGCACAGUUUAUUCCCUGCUGGUGGGUUAAAGAACCUUCAAAGAAUAGUAUAAAACUGGAGGCAAGCCCAGAAAAGCAGGCUUUUGAGAGGCUUCGCAGUGGAGAGGAGAGAAGGCAAAGCCUCUCCCAGAGUGGAUGGUAUCUUUUGCCCCACACCGUGGUCCCUUGGGCUGCUGUUAUCAUGGCCAUGCAUCACUGGUUGAGUGUGUUGGUUGAGCACCAUUAGUCUUGUAAUGGGGCACAACCUUCAACAACUCCGUGCCUCUAUCCACAGGUUCUUUGGAUUCGCCGAGACAAUCCUAAGCAGAAACAGGCCCACAGAGCAUGCACUGACUGUACUCUGGAGAGCCUCUUCCAAUUGGUCGCUUCUGUCAGUGUGAUUGCUCUAAGUCAAAUGUUUGACUUUGAUAAGUAAUCACUGUGCGUUGCCUUUUUUUUUUAACUCUAUGUUCUGAAAACCUUCAAACUUACAGAAAAGUUGUGAGGAUCAUACAAUGAACAAAUACCUACAUGUCCUUCACUUAGAAUUCACCGUGGUUAGCCUUUGUCAGAAUUUGUGUGUUCUUUCUCUCUCUUUCAUUCCUGUUAU